ACGGCAAUCCGUGACACCUGUAAUCACCACCAUACCUCCAAGAUGCCGGAAGGCCUCUUCACUCUUCUGCUUUUCAGUGUUGUGAUGGCCAUAACGUACGCACCUCCCCCUCCUUCUUGCUGUCCGCCAUGCACCGCCAAGUGAACGCUAACAAGCGAACCAGCUCCUUCGGCGCCGGCAUGCUCCCCUUAGCAGUGUCUCUCUCCCCCUCCCAGCUACGCUUGAUCUCAACGGUAGGGAUGGGCGUUCUGGUGGGUACGAGUCUGAUAGUCAUCAUACCGGAAGGUAUAGACACCAUAUACAGCGCUAAGCUCGCUCCGCCAUCAGCAAUGUCUCCCACGUCCGGUCCAAUGCUGCGCGGACGGGCUGCUGCCCCCGCCGCUCCCUGGUCCGAGCAUGCAGCGAACCUCCCCCACCACCACUCCCGGGACGCCGAAGCCAUAGAGGCCCCCGACACGAGAACCCAUACCGUCACCACCCCACCGCACGGCCACGACCACAGCCGCGACCACGACUCUGAGCGCAACGCCGAAUCCUCUGACCCAGAGCAUGAGCGCGGACAUGAGCACUCCACCACCACCACCGAAACCGCGCACAAGUGGGUCGGCCUAUCACUGAUCUCUGGCUUCAUCCUGAUGUAUCUGAUCGACGUCCUCCCGCACCAAGCACACAAGCACAAUCCGCAACCCUACCACAUAGAAAUCGACAACCUCCGUUCCCUAUCUGCCUCGUCGCCCCCGCUGGAUAGUCCUUCCCCUUCACACCCAUAUUCCAAAACUUCGUCCACGACCCUCGGUCUUGUUAUCCACGCUGCGGCCGAUGGUAUUGCCCUGGGCGCUUCAUCGACGAGCUCUAACACUGCGCUGGAGGCGAUUGUGUUCCUCGCCAUUAUGCUGCACAAAGCUCCUGCGGCAUUCGGACUCAGCGCUGUCCUUCUGAGGGCGGGAUUGGGAAAGAGGCAGGCUAGGGCUCACCUUAUCGUAUUCUCGAUGGCGGCGCCGGUGGGUGCGGUCGUUACUUGGAUCUUGCUCGGAUUACUGGGCGAAGGUAGUGGCGAGGGAAUGCAGUGGUGGACCGGAGUCUUGUUACUGUUUAGUGGAGGAACGUUCUUGUAUGCUCCCUCCCCUCCUCCCAUCUCACGUCACGAUGAGCCGAUGGUCUAAUUCGAAUACACUCGUCAGGUAUGUCGCCAUGCACACCAUGCAAGGCCAGUCCGAGCUCGAGUCAGGCAAUGGCGGGCAAAAGUCCACCAUGAAAGAUACGCUCGCCGCCGUGGUGGGUAUGUUAUUACCCUUGGCAACGCAGAUUGGACAUCACCAUCACUAGACGCUUUGUCCAUCUGUCCCGGGUAUAUUUAUUACAAGGGGGGCGGGGGUGGUUUGGGAAUUGUAUGA